UUUUUUUUCAGUGAAAACGUUGGUGUUAACCUGAUUAACUUGAAACUUAACUUGAAAAAACAAUAUGUAAAUUCUAUGAGUUUCUCUGUUUCAAAUAUUCGGCCGAAAACAAUGUCGAUGAUUCAAUAAUAAUUAACCUAAAAUAAAAAAAUUUGUGAUCGUUCGAUUUUUUGGAGCUUUUAAUUGUUGGGAUUAACUAUGUUAAUGGUAUCCAGAAAAGGAAAGAAGAGGUUUUGGUUUCUGCUUUCUCUUAAUUUUAUGGGAACACAUAGAGUUAACGGUGACUGAAAAUACAUUGAAAGAAACGGAGGGAUUUUAAUGCGUACCUGCGAACUAAAAGUGUAGCUAUUGGUUAUAUUUAGCGGACAAUACUUCAUUUUAAGAGAAGCAUCUCGCAAGGUUUACUAUAAAGUCAUUCGAUGCAGUAUUUGCAAACUGCCCUUAUUAAUCAUAUAGAAUAGAAAUGUUUCUGACGGAAACUUUGGCCCCUUUUGGCACUGAAUUCAAUACACCCGUUAAAGUUCCACGGGUUUCAAUAUGUGGCUAUGUUUCCAAGAUGAGAAUCUCAAAACCGAGAUGCAGUAGUGAAAUUUGACCUCUGAUGGACCACUGGGACUUAGUUACUAUGUUACUUGGCAACGAAAGUGGAGAAAAGUCCAAAGAACCGAACUACGGAGAUUUUUUCCCGUAGAAACUUAUUGAAUGUUUAUCGUACCGAUAUAGGCACAGCUUCCUUUAAGAAAUGCACUUAACAACAAAUAUUUGAUCAAAUAAAAUUAAAUCACAUUAAUACAAGGCCGCAGUAUUUGGCAAAAUGAACGAAGUAUGUUAAUUGUUUAUUAACAGUAGUACAUUAAAGUACACUCUAUCGAUUUAUGCAUAAUGAAACGAAGCGUAGACGGCAGAAACGAGAUGAAGGAAGAGAUUGACGAGCAGCAGGAUCUGUUGCAACCCCAACAACCGCAACAAGAAACAGCAGACCAACAACUAGAUCAGCAACAGCAGGCAAACCAGUCUCAAAUGCGUUUCUUAAAUGCUAAUGUCGUACAGCAAUUACAACAGCAGCAUCAGGUGGUCCAACAGCAGCAGCAGCAGCAGCAAGAUAUUCAGCAGCAGCAGCAGCAGCAGCAGCAACAUCAGCAACAGCAGCAGCAGCAGCAGCAGCAGCAGCAUAUUCAGCAGCAGCAGCAGCAGCAGCAGCAACAUCAGCAACAGCAGCAGCAGCAGCAGCAGCAGCAGCAGCAGCAGCAAGCUCAACAACAGCAGCCACAAGUCAUUACUUUGCAACAGUUGCAAAAUUUUGUGCCUUUACAAACCCAACAACAACAUGACCAACAGAGAGCACAGACUAUUUCGGUGCAAGCUUUGCCCCAACAAUUUUUACAAAGUGCACAGCUGGUUGGUGCAAGCCAAGCGCAAGCAGCGCUUCAGCAACAUCAACAGCAACAAUCGCAGCAGCAACAGACUCAGCACCAGCAGCAGCCACAGCAACAACACGUGGGCUACAGCAUAAUUCCGCAGAUGCAAACGGUGAACAUCGACGGCCAGGAGGCCCUUUUUAUACCUUCUUCGGCGAUGUCCAGUGGCCAUCACCAGGGUCAACCGACAAUGCAAUUUGCUACUGCGGGCGGUCAACAAGUGCAACUCGCAAGCCAGCAAGUGCAACUGCCUAAUGGUCAGACCGUUCUCACCCCACAGCCCGUUAGUCUGAUUCGUGCACCGAGUGUCUUCCCAACGUCGAUUAUUCAGAAUCUUGGAGGACAGACCGUUCAGCUUCCAUCAGGGCAGAGUGUUCAAGUUCGACCACUUCAGUUCCCGGUGCAACACGUACAGCAAACUGUCCCUGUACAAGUUCCAGUAACUGCUGGAAAUGGACAGACGGUGUACCAGACGGUGCAUUUUCCUGUCCAAGCACUCUCCGGUGUCUUCAACAUGUCUACUACUCAAAUGAUACCUCAGAUUACGCAGCAAAUACCACAAAUGGCGCAGAUCAUCACCCCCAACGGUCAGAUUCAACAGGUACAAAUUGCCAAUCUUCCACAACUUCAGGGUUUACAGGGUCAACAAGUGGCGCAACAACAGGCGCACCAGCAAGUAGUGCAACAAGUUGCUCAACAGCAGCCGCAGCAGCAGGUCCUGCAAUCGGUGCAGCAGCAACAACAGCAAGUGGUGCAGACUCAAACGCAGCAGCAGCAGCAGCAGCAGCAGCAGCAGCAGCAGCAGCAGCAGCAGCAGCAACAGCAACAGCAACAGCAGCAACAGCAGCAGCAGCAGCAGGCUGUGCAACAAGUGAUGCAACAACAGCAGCAACAAGUUCCACAAGUUCAACAGAGUCAACAGCCCUCGUCCUCCACUCCGGCACCAACCGUGUCAACUUGGAGUACAACAGUUUCAGCUCCGAGCAACGUUCAGGUUGUCGGAAUCGGAUCUCUGAGUAGAUCGGUAGGAGGGAGCGCGAGUGUGUUAACAACGAAGGAUGGCCAAAAAAUAGAUGUACAAACGUUAUCGGCUUUAACGAGGCCGCCCGAAGCAGUGGAAGGUGAUAUUAAACUGACCAGCAUAGACGCCAGUCAAUUGACUAGCGGUCAAGUUAUUCAUAUUGCUCCCCAACCGACCCAGUCCGCUAUGCAGCCUAUCACGAUUACCGGAGCUCAGGGCCAGCAGCUCACCCUGAUCCCCGCCUCGGCUUUGCCGAACCUGGCCACCCAGCAGGGUGGCAUGGUGCGGGGAGUGAACGUCGGGGGCGGAGGUGGGAUCGUGCAGUUCCAACCGGGAAUGGGCACGGCCAACGGUUUCCUGCACUCGAUUCCGGUGCAGAACAUCCCGGGUCUGGGUAACGUCCAAGUGAUCCCGGCGAGCGCGCUGCAGCCCGCCACCGUCCAGACGCUGCCCACCGGGGCGGGUGCGUCCAUCGUGGCCGGUCCGGCCGUCCACCUGGACUCGGCCGACCCGACCAAGUGGCAGAUCCUCCAGACCGUGCAGUCGAACGGGCCGAUGCCGGCCGCGGCGGCGACGGCGCCCUCCACCAUGCAGCACCAGGCCAACGCCCAGGCCAACUCGACCGAGAUGGACUCCAGCAAGCAGCAUCGCAGGCGAGUCGCCUGCACCUGCCCGAACUGCGGGGACGGAGACAGGAACAGAGAUAUGACUCGCAAGCGACAGCACGUGUGUCAUAUAGCAGGUUGCAACAAAGUGUACGGGAAGACGAGUCACUUGCGCGCUCACCUACGAUGGCAUACCGGUGAACGUCCCUUUGUGUGCAGCUGGAUAUUCUGCGGGAAGAAGUUCACGAGAUCGGACGAGCUGCAACGUCACCGCAGGACCCAUACCGGCGAGAAGAGAUUUCAGUGUCCUGAGUGCACCAAGAAAUUCAUGCGCUCCGAUCACUUGACCAAGCACAUAAAAACACACACCAAGAUACGCAGCACGGAGGCAGCUACGUCUACACAAGAAGGCUCUUCUGACAGUCAAUCAUCUAACGAAGAAAAGAUCAUGAUUACUAUUCACAAGGAAGUAGAGCAAACAGAACUUAUAAUUGCCGAUCAGAUAGAGGGAUUAGAAACUCAAACGGUGAAUCAUGUGGCAAACGAAUGAAAUAAGAUUAUACCUGCCAUUUAAACAUUUAAUUGCAACCAAAAUGAUUGGACUGAGAAGUGGGUAUUUGCUUAUGAAAUGGAUAGAGCCAUAGGUACAUGUUACAAUUAAUGCGUGAAUCACCAAGGGCAAGAGAUAUGUGAGAGAUUGAAAAAACUAUUUCCAGAGAUAUCAUUGUCAUAAAGUAAGGUGUAUGAUAUAUAUAUUUUUCUAGGAUGCCUGUAAAAAUGUACAUAUAUACAUAUAUACAUAUAUACAUAUACAUAUACAUAUACAUAUACAUAUACAUAUACAUAUACAUAUACAUAUAUAUAUAUAUAUAUUGUAUAUCGAUCUAAAGAGUUUUACACUAAAAGAGACUUUUUAACAAUCAUCAACCUUGCACUUAGGGAUGUUUCUUAGUUUUUUCAUCUCUGGACGGUGAGGGAUUCGCUUUUGUUAACGUAUCAAAUAAUAUCCACACCAUGUGAACCGAAAGAGACAUAGAAGAUAAUAACAAACAUGAGAUGGUCAAGCUGUUAACUGCAGGAAUAAGUUACAAUUGGUUAAGAAAUGUGAUAUAAGAAAUGUUAAGUUUGAGGAGAGAGUAAGUGAGUGGGUGAGAGGGUGUACGAAUGAGAGAGAAAUACCUUUCCGUUUUGGACUGCUGUUUUGGACUGCUGAAAAGUGAACCCCAUUUUAAGUAGGAAGAAAUAUUAAGAGUUCAUGAUCGUAGCAGUCAUGUUCCUUCAUAAGGCCCUAAUAACUGUAGCCAGAAAGUAGUGAAUGAUCUUUGCGCCACUUGCGUAAAGUAUCCGAAGCUUAAUAGAGACGAUUAAUACAGAUAGCGAGACCAAUUGUUUUUGCCCAAUUUUGGCAAAAUGCGUUUUAUCGCUUCUUACCAUGCAAUGGGCGCGUGAUCUAAACACAUUUGGUACGUGUCAUGCUCGAUGUGUGUCCGACAAUUUAGAAAAGUAGAAACAAGCGUUUAAGUCUGGAUCAAGUGAAAUUUGAUGAAAUUGCAGUUCUCAACACAGAUAAUUCAUGGUUUAAAUCAUUUACAAUUUAAUUUUCCUGUCGUAUACGACUAAUUUUUCAUUAUCCCGAUUUAUUUUGAGUUUAUUAUUGAUAUAUCAUAAAACAUACAAGAUACAAAAAAAAUAUAUUGAGACGAAAAAACAUGCAUUAUCCAAAAGGCGAUCGACUUUUUCUCGAAACUUAACGUCUUACAAAUUAGGUAAUGUCAUUCACGGUAGAAGAAAUAUUUAAUAAUUUUAUACAGGGUACGCUACGUUUUUAAAACUAAUUACUCGGAAACCUAUUACAGAAGGUCCAUAUUAUUUGAAUAAAUAUCUGCCAGUCUGCACUGGGCAUUACAACCUCAUCAAAGUUUAUCGAACCGAAGACUCGAACGUCUGACCCUAUUCUCUUUAUUAAACGACUCACGGACUUGCUCGAACGGGAAAUGAGAAAAGGGUUUGAGAAAAUGAAAUACUAGCGAUUAUCGCUUUACGCCAAAGUGACAACUACGGAUCGCAUUGGCAAUGUUGUUAAGUAUCGAUUUGGGAUUUGUCCCUGGAUAUUUGCUUGCGUACUUAAUUGCGCUCUGUCCUCUUUCUUUGUUUCGUUUUCUCAUUGUCAUCCAACUUCCGAGCAGGAUUUUGAGCUACCAGAGAAAUCCAGAUCCCAGAGAUUGAUAUCGUUCUACGCAAUAGUAACAACUAUGGAUUACGUAGCGCCGGCAACAUCGUCUUGUAUCGAUUUGAGCUUUGACAAACUAAAGUUAAACUUGUAA